CUUUAGUGAAGUCGCGUUUCCUGUCAGCAGUUGGUGGAGAUCAAAUUCGCAUUUUCAGGAAAAGCUGGUGGUCCUCUUCAAAUUUUGAUGGUUCUUCUUCUCAAUUUACCUCACGGGAAAACUCCAGUAUUCAAUUAUUUCACAAACUAUGCUCACGAUACUGUAAAAAGUGGCCUGAUGUGUUAGUCUGGACUUGAGACUGUCCAGGUGAAAAUGAACACGUAUGGUGCCAGCGGAGGCUGUGACCGCUCCAGAGAUCGAAGGCGCUCCAGUGACCGCUCUCGGGACUCAUCGCACGAGCGUGCAGAAGGCCAGCUCACACCCUGCAUUCGCAACGUGACCUCACCCACUCGGCAACACAACAGCGAUCGCGAGGGCGGCUCAUCUCGACCCAGCAGCCCGAGGCCUCAGAGGAUCUCUCCCAGCAGCAGCAGCAGUGGGGUGGCCAGCAGCCGGAACAGUAGCUUGUCCAGUUCAGAGGGCACCUACAAGAGCAUGGGUGAAAUGGUCUUCGUCUAUGAGAACCUCAAAGAUGGAGCCCGCAGCGUCCGCACGUCAGAGAAGGUCACGCUCAUUGUGGACAACACUCGCUUCGUGGUGGACCCAUCGAUUUUCACAGCGCAGCCCAACACCAUGCUGGGCAGGUUAGGAGCAGACCGCUCAUCUGAUAAAGGAAUGUUUGGAUCUGGACGGGAACACAAUUUCACCCGGCCCAACGACAAAGGAGAGUAUGAGGUGGCAGAGGGCAUCAGCUCCACUGUGUUCAGGGCGAUUCUGGAUUACUAUAAAUCUGGGAUAAUCCGCUGUCCUGAUGGAAUCUCCAUUCCCGAGCUAAGGGAAGCGUGCGACUAUCUGUGCAUCUCCUUUGACUACAGUACUAUCAAGUGUCGAGACCUGAGUGCCCUGAUGCACGAGCUGUCCAAUGACGGCGCUCGGAGGCAGUUUGAGUUCUAUCUGGAGGAGAUGGUGCUCCCUCUGAUGGUGGCAAGCGCUCAGAGCGGAGAGAGGGAGUGUCACAUCGUAGUGCUCACAGACGAUGAUGUGGUGGACUGGGACGAGGAGUACCCGCCUCAGAUGGGAGAGGAGUAUUCACAAAUUAUAUACAGUACAAAGCUGUAUCGUUUCUUCAAGUACAUUGAAAACCGUGAUGUAGCCAAAUCAGUUUUAAAAGAUCGAGGACUUAAGAAAAUCAGGCUGGGCAUUGAAGGUUAUCCAACAUACAAAGAGAAGGUGAAGAAGCGUCCCGGUGGUCGACCUGAAGUCAUCUACAAUUACGUCCAAAGACCCUUCAUCCGCAUGUCCUGGGAGAAGGAGGAAGGCAAGAGUCGACACGUGGACUUCCAGUGCGUGAAGAGCAAGUCCAUCACGAACCUGGCAGCGGCGGCGGCGGACAUUCCCCAGGACCAGCUUGUGGUGAUGCACCCCGGACCACAGGUGGAUGAACUGGACAUUCUCCCCAACCACCCUCCCCCCGGUCACCACCACAGCAACGAGCCCGACCCCGACGCCCCGUCGCCUGCCGUCUGAGAGCAGACGUCCUCCACCGCAUGCUCAGCAUGAACCAGAGACACUAUAACCAGAUUGCCUUCUGCACCUCCUCCACAGCCUUAGAGCCUCAACUGUCUAGUUACUGUAUUUAAAAAGAGGGAAAAAAAUACUCCAUGGACUUGGGAUGCUGGCAUGGUCAGUGGUCUCCCGUUUUGUCUUCGCUGUUCUGUUCUUUUUUUUUUUUUUACUUGACCAAAGGAAAUUUAUUUUUGUUUGUUUGAAAUGAAAUUAGCAACCUCACUUAUUUUGUAAUUUGACCUUGAUUCUAAUUAUUGUUACUAUCGUUGUUUUACAUUUGACUUCUAUUAUUAGUGCAACGAGUUUAAUUAUUAUUAAUAUUAUGACGUUCCUUUCACUUGAUGCCACUUUUUCUUUUGGAAAGCUCUCCUCGGGAGGUCCAUUUUGCCUGGUGAAUGAAUGCAGUGUUUUUCUCAGCUGGACAUUAAUUUAUCUACUCAAGAUCUGUCUGUUCAAGCGCUUGAAAAUCAUUGUAUUAAUAAAGAUAUAUAAUGUUAA